AUGUCAGAACAAGGAGAAGAAGACUAACAACAGUAGGAUGAAUAAUAGUAACAAGAAUAAUAGCCCUUUCAACUUGAUACCCAAAUUGUACUAUCAUAUUCAAAUUUUUCAAGCCUCCUGAAGAUCCAAAUGUGUUUAUGACUCAAUAAAAACUUGAACAGAAUCAAGCCUGGAAGUGCUUUGAUUUCCUAUUCCCAGCAGGGAAAUUAGCCAAACUUAUCAAAGUUAAUUAUAACCAACCAAAAACCUUCCCGAUGACUGAAAUACUUACGAAACUGAAAUUAGAUGAUGGAUUGCCUGUGGUCAAUUUUAUUGGUUGCAGACACAACUUUGACAAUCCAAACUCUAAUCGUGGCAAAUUCUAUGCUGGUAUUGCCAGAGCAUGUCAUAAUACUGAUGCAGUUAUCAUUGAUAAUGGAAUCACCACUGGCAUUGAAAAAUUCAGUCUCAGAAGAAAUUGCACUGUAAUCUAUCCUAAACAAGUAUAUAUAGCUCAUCGGUGUUGCACCUGAAUAAGCUGUAUCCUAUCCAAAAUUGAAUCCCACCAAAAUUGAAAAAAAUGAAUUAAGCAAUGGGCACUCCCACAUUUUCUUGAUUGGAGGCGAUAAUGUCGAUAUUGGAAGCGAAGCACAAUUUAAAAUCAAUUUAUGCAAAGCGUAUCAUAUCGUCUAUAAAUACAAGUAUUGCAACUGGAAAAAUCAGUAAAACUCAAGGAAGACCAAGAUGCAAAAUAGUUAAUAUUUUAUUCGCAGACUCUAAUGAUUGUUUUGAUGAAAUCAGAGAAGCCAUUAUUAAUAAAUUACCUAUUAUUGUCGUCAGGGGAUCUCAUCUCUGCAAUCAAUUCAUAGACCAAGAGAAAAUACUUGAUGCAGGUAUCAAUCCUUUUUAAUCACAGAAUUUGAGGACAUUAUGACUGAUAAAGAUGGAUUCUUCUUCCCCUUAAAAAAACUAGAUUCAGAAGUCAUUGCAUAAAUGGUUCAUUAUCUAUUGACAUUUACUCCAUCAAAACCUAAAUAAUAAUAAUGA